AUGUCAAGAUUGCUGCCCCUCACGAAGGAAUCCCUGGUUGCCGGGGAUUCGUUCCCCUUGGAACAGCGAGCGCUGGAGGUAAGUGAGAGUCACCGUCUCCUGAGCAUGUACAAAAUUCGCAUGUGAACGAGGCUUUCUCAGGAGUGGGCGUGGCUGGCCGCGAGACAGAGCGCAGUCGCCUGAUUUUGGGGGGGGGGGGAAUCACACUUUCCCGCCAAAGGAAGCUCGCUUCCGCCCCUUCCACCCUCCUCCCAGCCUCAAAAGCGCGCAUGCGCCCUUCCCCCUUGUUCAAAGCCGGGCUGCGUUUUUGUUUAUUCGGAAAGGAAAGGGAGGGGGAAAGAAAACACAAACGGGAGUGGCGGCGCAGCGCACGCGCGUCUCGGAGGAGGCGGUUGGCCGCCGCCGCGCGUUCGAAAGGCGCUCGCCGCCGGCUAUUGGUUGCUCCGACCCGGUAAGCCCCGCCUCUUCCUGCCCACCGCCGAACCCCCAGCGUCCCCUCCGGUUCCGCCGCUGUCGUCGCCGCCGCCGCUUCUUGCUACCGUCGCUGAAGGGGCCGCCGCCGCCGCCGCCGCUUUGUGCCUCGCUCGCCGAAAGAGAGAGGGGUGUGAGGGGAGAGGAGGAGGCCCUGAAGCCGGUGAGUGGCGGGCGGGAGGGGGGGCGGGGUCAAAGGUCACGCGUUGGGCCCGCGCUCCUAUUUGCAUAACGCUUUUUUGUGUAUCCGUGUGACGCUUUGGGCCUCGGGAGGCCUGCGCUGGUCUCGGUGCCGCGCGCCGGGCAGGGGGGCGGGGCGGCCCCGGUUCCCUGGAAGGCUCCUUCCGUGGGGCCUGGAUGGCGGUGGCCGCGGCUGCUGUGCCAGCCCCUCUGGCCCGGAGGGGAGGAGCUCGGGGCUCAUGGCACACCUUGGCAGCGGCCCCCGGACUGGACCUACGAAGCAGCCCCUGCGCCUCCUCCUCCUCUUCGCUGCUGCUGCGCAGAGAGAAACGAGAGGCAGAAAGCAACACGCACCGACCCGCAGAGGUCCGUUUCCAUGGCUGGCUAACUGACAGGCUGGCCGGCUGGCGCAGAAGACGGACUCGUCCAGCCUCUCCUCCUUGCUUACCUGCCUUAGGUGGCAGCUGAUGCACGUUCCCCACGCCCAAAGUUUGCUUGCCCACACGGAGCUACAGUAAUCCCCAGCAUCCUUAGCAAACGGCAGCUCCCAGGAGCCUUUGAGCAGGGUGAGCUUUUCGAUGUGCGCGCUGCGUACGCAGCCUCGCCAGUGCUUAUAUCGAUCGCACUUUACAAAAACGAGCUGGGUCCCCCUAGUUUGAAAUGCUUGUCAUUCCAAGGGAGCCAACAGCAGUGCCUUUUCAGGCUGCUGGGAGGAAAGGAGGGGGAGCCCCAGCAGUAGGCGGUGCCAGAGCCAAUGACAGAGGUAACUAAAUUCUAGUUUUGUACCCAUUCAUCCCCCCUGUUGAGUUCCACAAGGGCAACACUGAGACGAUGAGAAGGAGGGAAAACUGAUAGGCACAGCCAUUCCACGGAGCUGGAUGUAAGUAAGGGGGAAGGUGGGGACUGGCAGAGGACGGUGCUCCUUUUCCUCUAGUGGACUAGCCUCCACUGGCAGCCAAUGUGGUGCCCUGGACUACAACUCCCAGCAUUGACCCUGACCAUUGGCCAUGCUAUCUCAUGGGAAUUGGGGACCCCAGUGAGAUCUGGAGGGCACCACAUUGGCAACUUCUGUAUGAAUGUAAUCUAUUAUUAAAUCCAGGGGGAACCUGGUGUUCUCCAAAGCUUUUUGACUACAACUUCCAUCAGCCCCAGCCAGGAUAUUUGUACGCUGCUGGGGCUGCUGGGCAUCUGAGGAAGGCAUAAUGCUGAACAGGAGAGACACAAGGAAAAGGGGAGGCAGCAAUAAAUAGAGGAAGGGCAGCUGUGCUCUGUUUGGUCCAAUAAUGUGGUCCAAGUCAGGGGUUUCAGAGGUUGGUGGGCCCAGGAUCCCUGAUCAUUGCUGAUAGGUGUUGGAGUCCAACAACAUCUGAAGGGCCUCCACACAGCCCAUUGCCCUGGUGUGCUUUCAGGGAGCGGUGAGAGCUAAGGGUCAUGCCAGGAGGUGGGUGUUGAGGAAGGCUUUGCAGGAUGAAAUAGAGCAGAGGUGAUGGUGUUGGGUUGAAAUAAAUGACAGACGAGUGACAAGUGUCAUAUGGGAGGCAUCUCUCGAGCAUGUCUCGGAGAGUCCCUUUUAUUGAAUAUUACAGCAUUGCCACAUAUGUGCUUGUUGCUGAUUGGUUAACACAAAUACAAUGCAAGGGCAUUAAUCAUCAAUCGAUUAAAGGUUGGGAAAGGGAACACAUGGUUAGACAGGUAUGAAAACCUCCUUAUUAAACUAUUACUAGUUAUUGAUAUUGCAUGACUUAAUAAACUGGUACUAGUGAUUGAUAUUGCAUGACUUAAAAGAACAUAACAAUCGCAUUCCGUAGAUGUGGUCAACCAUGCGUUAAGAACAGGUCAGGGUACGAUGUAUUAUGAACUCAAUGUGAACUGAACAAUCUAGGGUGGAUGAGGCACAGAAGCAGAACUUCCCAUCAGAUGGUGUGCAGGUGUUUGGUAAGGUGCUCUGGGCAUAAGGGGCAACAAUGGAGGAAUGAUGGGAGUUACAUAAAGGAGCAGUAGAUCUGAGGGUGGUGAAGAGGAAACUACAAGGAUGAUGGGCAAGACACAGAAGAAUCUUGAAAACUUUUAUCAGGUGGAGGUAGCAGCUCCAGAAUCACAUUCUAGGUGUGGUUCUGUAGCUCCUUCCUCCUCCAGCCUACCACCUCCUGCUUUUGGGGCUAUAUGGCUGAAGCAGGCAAGAGCUGCUUCUAACACACAUACCCCCUGCCAAGUUUCUGGUAGAAAAGCUAAAAUCUAGACUGCUGUGCACAGUAGAAGAGCAUCUGUUUUGAAAGCAGAAUAUCCACGUUCAGUCCCUGACAGCAUCUUUAGUGACGCUGCCUGAACCCGGAGAGCCAUUGCUGCCAGUCUGUGUAGACAACACUGAGCUAGAUCUACCCAGAGGCCUGGCUCAAUAUAUAAUUAUUGUGGCAAUUCCAUUGUGGUCUCUGAUCUCUGUCUUGCCUAUAGCAGAAUCCACAAUCGAUGAUUCCUUAAGGUUCCAGUGCACAAUUCUUUCAUCUCGACCAGCCGCUUCAUUUUGGAUUCAGCAGGAAAGACGCACACAGAGGCAUCCCUCCCCCACCCUGCAAGCAGUGUCAGAGAUACCAGGAGGCCUGUCACAAGGAGGAAGAGGAGGAAUGCUGUCCAUGUGGACUAUUUUAAUCCAGCACAGAAUUUCCAACUGAAGUUAGCUUGGGCCACAGGAAGAUGUGUUCCUGUAGGUGUGUUUCAUCAGGAAAGUAUAGAGUCGUGUUGAUUUAGGCACUGACAUUGUUCCUGGAAACGCUUUUAACCUCUUUUGAGAAGUGGCAGAGUGUAGCAUCUCAGUGGUUGAACUGCCAACUUGGAUGCCCCAGUGCAAAUCCUGCCUCUGCUAUGAGCUGGUUAGGUGGCCUUAAGGCAAGUCUCUCAGCCUUAUUGCACCCCCUAAUCUACAACGGGGGGGGGCACAGCUAUAAGGGCUGCAACAGCAAAUUGCCUUGUACGGCAGGUGAUUUAUAAGUGCAAAAUAAUGAUUCCAUCAGCUUUCCCCAACCUCUGGUGCCCUUCAGGUGUUUUGAUCUGCAGCUUCCAUCGCCCCCCCCCCCCGCCAGCACAGCUGUAUGAUGCUGGGGAUGAUGGGAGUUGUAGACCAAUACAUCUGGAGGACUGGGAUACACGAUCAGAGUAUUGGGUAGGUGCUGAAAGUCUCCCGGAACAAUUGUGGCUUUGCCACCUAGUUUUAGUUUGAAAUGUUGGCGUCAUAAAUCCCCUAUAUGACUUGUGAUGCAAAAGCUUCUAGUUAAAUCUGGGCCUUUGGAGUCUUUUGUAUGAUUCUCGCUUUUGCCUAGAAAAAUGCAUGUGGUUUGAAACGCACCUGCAGUGAGACCUUCCACACAGAGAAGGUGCUCGGUCGCACCCAGAGCUCUGUGAGACCUCUAGCACAUACGGGGACAAACCGAUCCUUUCCAUGGCCUGAGGGUCUUGCUACCUGUGAGGUAGGUGAGGCUAAGAGAGAGUUAGGCAACUGUCCCUUGUUUGCCCAGGGAGCUUUGUGGCUGAGGGGAGAUUUGCACCUGGACCUCCCUGACCCUAAACCAACACUCUGACCACCAUACCACACUGUUGUUAGCAUCUACUACAGCUUGACAAGAUUAAAAAAUGUAGAAGAAAAUCCUUUCAUGCUGUGCUUAGGGGGUCUGGUGCAACAGCACUUUUAAUCUCCCAGGGGGAAACCCUGUUAGUAGCUUCCACGCUUUGAAACCAGCCUUGUGCAGAGACAGACAAAGUUUUUCAAGAUUCAAACACGACGGCUCUCUGGAGGGGCAGCUCUCUUUUUUAAAAAAGUGCAUUAAAGCACCAGCAAAAUCAAAGCCUAAGGAGUUCCUUUGGUCCCACAGAAAUGUAUGAAACCUUCUCCUGAACAUCAUGCUCACUUUCGGUAUUCUUUAGAAAAGUAAAAUGGGUGGGGGGGGGGACUUGCAUUUGAUUAAGCAAAGGUUUGAAAUUUACAGGUUACAUGCUUCGGAAUCUCAGCCUGAAGAAGAGUGUUUUGUAGGCAAAGAAGGAGGGGGUGGCAGUUGCUAGCCUGGGUAGAGGGGUUACUACACUUGAUACCAGGAACAACGCACACAUGUUGGCUGUCUGAGGCUAUCUGGGUUGUUUUUUAAAAUAAAAAAUAAGUUUUUUUCUAGGUCUUUUGGAGGAGGGGAAGAAGGUACGCUUUGCAAAUCCAUACACAGGACUGUGCCAGCCAAGGGGCCCUGUGCCCUACCAUGCCUGAGCUCAAAGAGGCAGAGAUGUCCCAGUGUCUCCCAGAUCUCUCAGUCUCUCUCUCCAGUCUCUUCUGGCGGAAGUAAACAUUCAGAAAGAUUGCAGGGCAUUGUUCCCUUUGGGAGAUAAAUCUAGGAUGGUCUUCCUGCAUUUGCCUUUCCCCCCUCUGCUCCUCUAUUCCCAGUCGCUCCAUCAAGGCUCCUUCCCCCCCCUCUAGAGAGGACGUAAAACCUUUCUUGUUGGUGGGGCCUGAGGCCAGAAGGAAUGUAGGGAAUUUGCCCUGUGGUGGGCCUAGAACCUCCCCAUGCUGUUUUUCAUUUCCUGCAUUUUAACCUGGUGGGGUUUUUUUUAUUAAAGUUGCAUGUCUUGCCCUCGUCCGACCCACAUCCUUCCCACACCUCAAAUAGGUUAGGGGGGGAGGGGAUAAGACUGAUUUGUGCUCCAGGCAGUUUACCGUAUUUUUUGCACCAUAACACUCACUUUUUCCUCCUAGAAAGUAAGGGGAAAUGUCUGUGCGUGUUAUGGAGGGAAUGCCUACGGGUGGCGGGGGGGUCUGCUGCAGUCGUGAGCAGAGGAUCCAUGGUUCCCCUUCCUUCCCUCCUCCGUGGCUCGCUUUGAAACAGCAAAGCGGGAGAAGAGCCGCUGAGUGGGGAGGAGAGAGGGACAGAGAGCCUGCAAAGGGGCAAAGCGGGAGAGGAGAGCAAAGCAGUUGGCUCCUUUAAAGCAAGCAGGCUCUCUGUCCUUCUCUCCUCCCCACUCAGCUCGCUACAUAGCAGCAAAGUUUUUCAGCUCGCUAAGCCGGGGAUGGGCGGGGAGGAGGGAGAAAAGCAGAGCCUGCUUGCUUUAAAGAAGCAAAGUGGGAGAGGAGAGGAACCAUCUCCCCUUAUACCCCUCUUCUGCAUUAUUAGCAGCAUCCUUCUCCACACACCCCACGCGUGCUCCUUGUCCCUUGAGUGCUUUUCCUUCCCUCCCCACUUAAAACGUGGUUACAAAGCACGAAUCCACAUGGAUCCUCAGGAUUUUUGCACUGGGUCACCCCAAACUCACCAUCAGAUCACAUAGCACGCACUGACUGUUGCCUGGGGCCGCAGUGGUGCAAAAACGUGGUUACAAAGCAUGGAUCCACAUGGAUCCUCAGGAUUUUUGCAUUGGGCUACUCCAAACUCACCGUCAGAUCACAUGUCUGUGGCCACAGCAUGAACCACAAAAAUCAUACAUCCACUGUUUCAUUUAGAAUAUUUUUUUUCUUGUUUUCCUCCUCUAAAAACCACGUGAGUGUUAUGGUCGGGUGCGUGUUAUAGAGCGAAAAAUACGGUAAUUAUUUCCUCUCAUCCCCCCAAAAAGUUGUAAUUCUGAAAAAUGAGGAUUCCACCCACCCACUUUCAGCUCUAUUACAGUGCAGUGGGGCUGAGAAGUUGUUUUCCCCUGAGUGCCACAUUUCAUCUGCUUCAAGAAACAGGAUUGGGGGCUGAAACUCCAAAUUCAUUCCCCCCCUGCUGUCCCCACCAUGGAGCUGUAUGGGUCUGUUGCUGCAACUCCUUGUUGGUUAGAGGGGGGUGGCUGGUGGUGUUGUUUUUAAAGGUAGCCCUGUGCUGCCUGGAGGUUUGUGACAUUUAAAAAUAAGCUGGUGAAGGUGAGGGCAAUGAGCUGCUUUGCGGUAAAAAUGGGUGGAAGCUGGUUGGCUGGGCUCUUCAGGUCUCUGCUGACGAAAGCUGUGGGGUUGUCUUUAAACGUUCCACAUGUAGAAUAAGAUUUUGGGGCUGGAGGGGGACGUUUCCACCCACAACAUGCCAGCUGGUUGCAUUCUGCUUGGGUUGCCUACCCUGGGGCCUCCACUUCCAUCCUUGGUCUGUUGGGUGUUGGGCAAGGAGCCUCAGAGGAGGAGGACAUUCCCUCACCCCUCCCUCAAUCUGUGCAAGGAAAACCCAUUUCCCACCUGCAGGGUUUUCUGACGGGAGCUUCCAGCUUCUCCGUUGGACCACCAUCAAAGUGGGCUUCCUGGCCUCCUCCUCUGCAACUGCUUAAUUUGUUGUUUUCUUUUGCUUUGACUGCUCAGUAGCGCGAUAGGGAUGUAGAUGAAGUUGCCUUUGUUUUUGUUUCGUUGUUAACCUUCACACCAAAUCUUUUCUGCACUUCAGGUUGUCUGUGUUAGGAAGUCCUCUCCCCUUGAGGUUAAAACCUGGGGCUCCAAAGUGUUACCCUCACGUUGGGGUUAUACAUUAAUUUAA